AUGACGCUGUGCGAUUUGGGAAGGGUUCGCUCUAAAGCGUUGAGGCACGACGCGUAUUCCGAGGCUAUUCUCCUCCAGAACCUCCAACAAAAUGUCAAACCAGCAUAUCAUUCGGCGAAGGUCAAACCUAUGAAAUGUGUGAAAACCUUACUGCGGAUAAUGACCCCAAAAAUCUUUAAGAAGGAGAAAAGUUAUACCUUUGAAGGUGUUGUUGAUCGCAAGAGUAACGAUUCAUCUGGUUCAAGCUCCCUGUAUCCUCGCCAGAAGCGCUGUAUUCUUGGUCGAAGCGGUGGUGAUGUGGCUCAUUUUCUCCCUCGUUCAGGACCUAGUGCGAUGUUUUACGGGACAGUUAUGAAGUGUGCGCUUGGGACCGAUACACCAGCUCCCAACGCUACCGUCCAACAAGCCAUGAUCCAUGGUGUGUUGGGUAAAGGGGGCAGGAAGAUCAAUCACACUGGCUUGAAACACAACGCUCUUAACAAAUGCCAGUUCUCAAGACAAAAGGAACUGUACGAUCAGUACCCCUAUUUUGUGCUGGUCCCGAUUCUUGAUUAUGCAGAGGUGCAAGACUGGACGGAGAAAGAGGACAGGGAUCUCUCUUAUGAUGCUCUUGUGCUAGUUGGACGGUCGGAGGAGGGAUUGGACUUCAGAGAUGAGGUCCUUCGGUCCACUCCGUGUUCAGAAGGCGAGGCCGAAACGGCACUCCAGUUGCUCGAGGCGUUCACGAAAGCGCUGUCCAUGGAGCUGCAAGCCUCCGAUUUCACAGACCUACCCAAUAUUGCGCCAAAAAAAUUCAAAAAAGAAGUGAGAAGUGAGUUGGCACAACUCGAGACAACCAAAGAGAAAUUGGAGAAGGAUGGCACUCCUAUUCUCAGACUUCAGAAACGGGAAGUUGGGGAGCUGGCGAAGCUAUCGUUUCAAAAGAAUCCAAGCAACACGGUGCCGGAUCCAUUUCUACUUGCUGUCAAAGCUGCUGUGAACUGGUCCUAUCGAUGUGAUACAAAACUGCUACCAGGUGGCGGAGAAGCGUCUUUUUGCGAAUCUUCUUGUUCGGGGUUUGGAGAGAUGCAACAUCCCAAAUCAGUUGUGCCCCCCAAAAUGCUGGUGUUGUGCAACACGGAUCCAGAUAUGAGCGAUCUUGAGGACUGA